GAACCAUUAUCAUACGUCUUUUCUCAACCAGUGCAUGGGAUAGUUGAUGCUCCCGUGCUUCAGCAACGAAUGUCAGUUAUGGUGGCGAACCAUGAAUUGAUUGUUGGCAAAGAGUUCCGUGAUGUCCACAGCUGUAGGAGAGCCCUAAGAGAUGCAGCUAUUGCUCUUCACUUUGAAAUGCAAACGAUAAAGUCCGACAAGACUCGUUUUACUGCCAAGUGUGCAAGUGAGGGGUGCCCUUGGAGAAUACAUGCAGCAAAACUUCCCGGUGUUCCUACUUUCACAAUUAGAACCAUCCAUAAUGAACAUACUUGUGCAGGGAUUACUCAUCUUGGUCAUCAACAAGCUUCGGUUCAGUGGGUUGCAGAUGUUGUCGCAGAAAGCAUCAAGGAAAAUCCUCAUUAUAAACCGAAGGAGAUAUUGGAAGAGAUUCACCGUGUUCACGGAAUUGCUUUAUCAUACAAACAAGCAUGGAGGGGCAAGGAACGCAUAAUGGCCACUGUGCGUGGCAAUUUCGAGGAAGAUUAUCGCCUCCUCCCGCAAUAUUGUGAUAUGAUCAAAAGAACAAAUCCUGGAAGCAUUGCGACGGUUUACGCGGAUCCGGUUGAUAACUGUUUUCAAUUCCUUUUCGUUUCAUUUCAAGCAUCCAUUUAUGGUUUUCUGAAUGCAUGCCGACCUCUUAUUGGACUCGAUAAGACUAUAUUGAAAAGCAAGUACACGGGGAGCUUACUUUUUGCCUUUGGUUUCGAUGGAGAUGGUGCUGUAUUCCCUCUUGCAUUCGGGGUGGUCAACGAGGAAAAUGAUGCCAAUUGGAUGAGGUUCCUAGCUGAGUUGCACCAUCUGUUUGAGAUUAAUGCAGAGAACAUGCCAAGGCUUACCAUCUUGUCUGAUAGACAACAGGGUGUUGUAGAUGCUGUGGAAGCAAACUUCCCAGCAGCAUUUCAUGGGUUCAGCAUGCAUCAUCUCGUUGAAAGUUUCCAGAAGGAGUUCAACAGUUCUUUGCUUACCAACCUUUUCUGGGAGGCUGCUUAUGCUCUCACUUGCAUUGAUUUCGAAAAAAGACUCAUUGAGAUUCAAGCAAUGUCACCAGAAGCGGCUGCUUGGAUUCAAAAUGUUCCUCCUCGUUUUUGGGCAACAGCGUAUUUCGAAGGGACAAGGAUGGGACUCCUGUCAGCCAACAUAUUGGAAAGUUUAAGUGCUUGGAUAGCAGAAGCCUCUAGCCUUCCAAUAAUUCAAAUGAUGGAGUGCAUCCGUCGGCAACUCAUGACUUGUUUCAACGAGCGACGCGAGACUAGCAUGCAGUGGGCAAGUGAUCUCAUUCCUCCUGCAGAAAGGCUUGUAUCGGAAGCCUAUGAGCAGGCAUGUACUUACCAAGUGUUCAAAGCAAAUGAAUCUGAAUUCGAGGUUCAUUCCCCCGGUGAAGGUGCAUCUGUAGUAGAUAUUAGAACCCGAAGCUGUUAUUGUCGUGGAUGGGAUCUGACUGGACUCCCUUGUGCUCAUGCCAUUGCAGCUCUCCUAUCUUGUAGACAAAAUAUGCGCAAGUUUACAGAAAGUUGUUUCACAGUGGCAAAUUACCGUAAGGCGUACUCGCAGACAAUACACCCUGUUCCUGAUAAAGCCCUUUGGGAAGAGAUGCCUGAACAGUUUCGAAAUGGAAAUAACUAUGCCGAUGUCAUUAUAAAACCACCCAAGUUGCUUGAGCAGCCAGUGAGACCUAAAAAGAGGAGAGCCCUUACCGGGAAUGUCGGUCGGGCGAAAAGGAUGGUGCAUUGCAGUCGCUGCAAUCAAACUGGACAUUUCAGAACUACUUGUACAGCACCUAUAUAGAAACUCAUUUUUCAAGUUCUUUUUACUGUGCAAAAGAGAUCAAAUAGUUUUUUAGUUUUAAUUUUUUUUUAGA